GUUGGAAGGAUACUUUAUACCACUUUUACAAAUACAAAAACCCAACCCAAGAUGGUUAAUGAAAGCAAAUCACUGGCUGAGGCUCUGAAGUCCGCUGAGGCUGAGGGUCACGUCACCCUAGGUGUCUACGAGUGCGCUAAAAUCAUGAAUGAUGAUCCGGACAGCGUGUCCUUCUGCGUUCUGGCUAUGGAUGAAGAGUUCGAGUGCGACAUCGCGCUCCAAAUCCACUUCACUCUCAUCCAGGCUUUCUGCUUCGAUAACGACAUCAGCAUCGUGAGAGUGGACGACGUGCAGCGUCUGGGUGAAAUUGUCGGCGCUAAAGAUCAAACUGAGGACUGUCACUGCCUCCUUAUCACGAGUCCAGCUGACGGUUCGUGGGAAGAUCCAGCUCUGGAGAAGCUGCACAUGUUCUGUGAGGAAAGCCGCCGCUCCAACGACUGGCUUCCAGAGAUCAGUCUGCCAACUCGCUGA